AAAGGGUGCACGCGUGCGUCUAUGGUGUCCGGGCGGAAAACCCGAACAAGCUAGCUGUGCUAACUUUAUCUUUGAUCAAAUAAGUAAAUAAAUAAAUUAAAAAAAAAAAGAAUUAAAAUUUCCCACAUUUAAUAAAGACAAGUGUUUAAUCCGGCAGCAUGGCAGAAACUCAGCGGUAUGAGGAACAGUUUGCGCAGCGUUUCUCGGCAGAGGAUGAAGAGUUUCAGAGAUAUCUUCAGCAGCCGGAGGUUCAGCCGCCUGUGGUGGAGGCAUGGAGGAGCAGAGACGCUCGGUUCCAGGACAGCAGACAUCACCGCGGCAACAGCGGCCAGAGGUCACAUGAUCAGCGAUAUGGCGGCCACCACAACUCCUAUAAUCAGAGACGGCAUUACAACCGCUACUGAGGGCUGUGUGUGUGUGUGUGUGUGUGUGUGUGUCACACUGAUCAUCUACUGUUCCUUUACCAAGAUU